AUGACUACAUCGGAUCUCAUACUUGCAGAGGAAAAGCAAACUGAAGGGCAGAAAUCUAAGGCAGAGCCCCCACUACCAUUCCCAGAGAGGCAUUUGAAGAAAGAGUUUGAUGAGAAAUACGUAAAGUUUCUGGAGAUCUUUAAGAAAAUCUACAUCAAUAUUCUCUUUGCAGAAGCCUUAGCCCAAAUACCUAACUAUGCCAAGUUCUUAAAGGAAGUGAUGUCAAACAAGAGAAAGUUUGAGGAGUUCAAGACUGUAAAGCUGAUAGCGGAGUAUAGUGUCAUACUUCAAAAGAAGCUCCAUCACAAAUUGAAAGAUCCGGGCAGUUUCAACAUCCCGUGUAAUAUUGGUGGUAUCACAUUUGAUAGGGCACUAUGUGACCUUGGAGCUAGCAUAAACUUGAUGCCCUUAUCAGUGUUCAAAAAGCAGGGUCUUAGUGAAAUAAAAUUCACAACCCUCACCUCACAAUUGGUGAACAGAUUGAUCGCAUAUCCCAAGGGCAUUAUUGAAGAUGUGUUGGUGAAGUUUGAUAAGUUUAUAUUUUCAAUGGACUUUGUGGCAUUGGACAUGGAGGAGGAUGAUAAACUACCAUUGAUUCUUGGUCGACCUUUCUUGGCUACUAGAAGAGCAUUGCUUAAUGUGCAAUAA